GGCCCCUUCAGUCCUCACUCGCUCCCCCCAGUCCCCUCCCCUCAGCUCCGAAUUCCAAGUUUUUAACCCCAAAAUGCUCCCCCCGUCAAUCUCAUCACCUCUAAACCUCCGGCUCCGUCGCUUCUCCCGGCUUGGCAACCGAGGAGCUCCGCGGCUCUCCCUGAGGGGGGGUUUUGGGGGGCACAUGGAGCCCUACGUGGCGCUGGACCCGCGGCAGCGAGCGCUCUACCGCGACGUGAUGCAGGAGAGCUACGAGGCACUGAUGGCCCUGGAAUUCCCCGUUUCUAAGCCCGAUCUGGACCAACCCACAGCCCUGGAUCUUCACGUGCCCGGGGACAACGCGGCCACCGACGACGGAGCAGGAGCAGAGCAGGAACCUCCUGGAGAAGCCGCCGUGAAAGAGCCCGAAGCGGUGAAACCCUCAGGUGAGGAGAAUCCUUUGAGCCCCACGGAGCUGAGGGUUGGCAGGAACGGAGGAGAAGGGGCCACGACCCCCACCCAACCCCCCAACACCUGCGGCGAGUGCGGGAAGAGCUUCAGCCACAAAUCAGCCCUGGUCAAACACCAGAAAAUCCACAGCGGCGACCGCCCCUACCGCUGCCCCGACUGCGGCAAAACCUUCAUCCAACGUUCUGACCUCACCAUCCACCACCGGGUCCACACCGGGGAGCGUCCCUACGCCUGCCCCGACUGCGGCCGCCGCUUCAGCGUCAGCUCCUCCCUCCUCACCCACCAACGGACCCACGGCCCCGCCGGCACGCGGCCCAACCGCUGCCCUCAGUGCGGCCGCGGCUUCGCCGAUCCCGAAGCUUUGGACCGGCACCGGAAGAGCACUCGGGUGGAAAAACCCUUUGAGUGUGGGGUCUGUGGGAAAGCUUUCUCCUGGAAACUCCCACCUGGAACGCCACCGACGCUCCACACCGGGGAGAAACCCUUCCGCUGGCGCCCGCUGCGACAGACCCUCAACAGUUUCCAGCACAAAAGGGACCCAAACUCCCCCGCUUGGCACCGAGCCCGCCGGCAGCCCGUCCCCGCCCGCCAUCUUCCCGCUGCGAGCAACGCGGGGAAUCUCUUGGCCAAAGCUCCGACCUCCUCCAACACCAAACACCUCCACGCCGGCGAGCGGCCCUAUGCCUGCCCGGCCCUGCCACCGUUGCUUCCGUUGGGGUUCAGCCUGGCCAAGCACCAACGCGCCCACUCCCGGCAGCGAAACGCCAAAACGGCGCCGACCUCCACCCAAAAUGGCAGCGUCGGCGUCGCCAAACCUUACCCGUGCGGGGCGUGCGGGAAGAGCUUCGGUUGGAUCUCCCACUUGGAACGGCACCGCCGCAUCCACACCGGGGAGAAACCCUUUGGCUGUGGGGACUGUGGGAAGAGCUUCGCCGUCAGCUCCCACCUGGAGCGGCACCGCCGCGUCCACACCGGCGAGAAACCCUUCGGCUGCGGGGACUGUGGCAAAACCUUCGCCGUCGGCUCCACGUUGCGCGCCCACCGCCGGACCCACGGCCUCCACCCCGCCCGGCCACACCUCUGCCCCGACUGCGGGAAGGGUUUCAGCUCCCCCACCAGCCUGGAAGGGCACCGGAGGCUCCACCGCGGGGAGAAACCUUUCCAGUGUGGCCUCUGUGGAAAAGGCUUCGCCUGGAGCUCCCACUACGACCGGCACCGCCUCAGCCACACCGGGGAAAAACCUUUCCCCUGCGCCCACUGCGGGAAACGCUUCGGACGCAGCUCCCACCGCAACCGCCACCAACGCGCCCACUCCCCAGGAGAAGCAGGAGGAGGAGGAGGAGGAGGAGGAGAGGGAGGAAGGCCAGAAAAACCUCCCCAACGUGGCAAAACCCUCGGUGCCGCCAUGGCCGCUCCCCGGCGGCUCCGUGGUCCCAUCCCUUGGUUGCCCACGGUUUGGUGGGAGGGUGAGGGGACGCCCGCCACCUCCCAACGUUGGCCUGAAGCCCCCAGCUCUGGUUCUCAGCCUCUGCCUUCCUCCUCUUCCUCCUCUUCAUCCUUCUCCAUCGCCCCCCGGGAUUGGCCCAAAGCUCUGUUGCCCCCUGCCAUGAGGUGGAGGCCUGGGGAGGGGGGGACCCAACCCAGCGAUGCCGCUGCCCCCCAAGAGUCUUGGGCUUCCCUCCCACCCCCCAACUCCUGA